GGGGCUGCCUCUAUCAAACCGUCCCUUCGAACGCGCUGAAAGUGACUGCCAUUGGAUCCAGAACUAACAUCACACGAGACGACACUGGCUUCGGCCACAGACCAAGCACCAUGAACAUCUUCCGUAUCUUUGGCGACUUGUCGCAUCUGGCCUCCAUCUUCAUAUUGCUUGCAAAGAUGAAAUCAUCAAGCAGUGCAUCCGGCAUAUCCUUCAAAUCGCAAUUCCUCUACCUGAUGGUCUACAUCACGAGAUAUCUUGACCUACUAUGGACGGACCCGACGCACAGCCUCUGGAACACGACCUUCAAAAUCAUCUUCAUCGGCGCGCAGGGCUACACGAUAUACCUUAUGCUCAACGACUACAAGCCAACACACGACCCAAAUCAGGAUACAUUUAAGGUCGAAUAUUUGAUUGGAGGAGCUGCGGUAAUGGGCAUACUGUUUCCAUACAAAUAUGCGUUUACUGAGAUACUAUGGGCAUUCUCGAUCUGGCUCGAAUCUGUUGCGAUUCUGCCACAGCUUUUCAUGCUGCAAAGAACAGGUGAAGCGGAAACAAUCACGACCCAUUACCUGUUCGCAUUGGGUGCCUACCGGGCGUUGUACAUCCCAAAUUGGAUUUGGCGAUUCUUCGCAGAAAACCACUACUGGGAUCCUAUCCCUGUGAUCGCGGGCGUCAUCCAGACAGUGCUCUACUCGGACUUCUUCUGGAUCUACUACACAAAGAUCCUACAAGGCAAAAGAUUCAAUCUACCUGUGUAGAACACGCGGACCGUGAAGAGAUUCGAUCAGCCUCUCCCCGCUCGAACCCUUUUCGAUAUGAUUGUUGAACCGAUCAAGUAGAAGCCGAGCAGAAAGAGCAUGGGUGGCGCAAAAUAAUCGAAAUUCGUUGUCCCGGCGGAAAGUACUCGAACGACUUGAAUGAUCUCCGCAACAAGCUUGUGGACAGAGUUGUGGAGUGCUUCUUACGGGCAUGGCUCGACGCUAGAGGUCAGAGGUCAGAGAACAUGUUGCAUCACAAGUGUAUGGAGUGCACAGAUGUGAGCAAGAGUGACGAGGGGGAGGAUUGGGUGCUACAUGUAUUGAUUGAUAAAAAGUUGAUACCCCCAGACUCGUUGUAUAGCAGCGAGAC